CAACUGGCAAGGCUAUUUGGAGAUUGUGAUGCUGGCUAAACGAUGUGGCCUGAAGGUUCGAGCUGUAAUGGCAUUUCAUCAGUGUGGCACAUGUCCUGAUGAUCCCUUAUGGAUCCCUCUUCCUCAAUGGGUGAUAGAAGACAUAAAAAAGGAUCAAGAUUUAGCAUAUUCAGAUAGGUUUGGGAGACGCGGCAUGGAAUAUGUUUCCCUAGGAUGUGAUGUUCUUCCCAUUCUGCAUGGACGAUCUCCAAUACAAGCAUAUGCUGAUUUUAUGAGGCACUUCAGGGACACCUUUAGACCAUAUCUGGGAACCACCAUAACUGGGAUUCAAGUUGGAAUGGGGCCCGGUGGUGAAUUAAGAUAUCCUUCAUGCCCUUCACUAAAGCUAGCAAGGACAUGGCGCUCACCUGAACUUGGUGAAUUCCAGUGCUAUGAUAAGUAUAUGUUGGCUUCUCAGAGUGCAUGUGCUGGGGAAAUAGGGAUGCGUGAAUGGGCAAAUGGGGCCCCCAUUGGUGCUAGCAACUUGAUGCACAACCCUGAAAGCACAGAGUUCUUCAGAAGCGAGGGUUCUUGGAACACACCAUAUGGGGAGUUCUUCCUGAAAUGGUACUCUGGGAUGCUUUUGCUUCACGGAGAAAGGGUUUGCAAAGAAGCAGCAACUGUUUUCAGGGGCAUUGAGGUCAAUCUGACAGGUAAAGUAGGCGGGGUCCAUUGGCACUAUGGUACGCCAUCUCACCCAUCAGAACUAACAGCUGGCUAUUACAACACCUCAAUCAGAGAUGGACUCCUACCGAUUGCUCGCAUGUUUGGUAGAUAUGGAUUCACGCUUUGUUGUGCAUGUUUCGAGAUGCAAGACGUGGAAGAGCAACAGGUGAAUCCAGUGAGCAGCCCUGAAGGUUUUCUAAGACAGCUACUUCUUGCUGCAAGAAAUUGUGAUCUUCCACUUGUGGGUGAAAACUCCACGACCACUUUGGAUGACAAAUUUUUUGAGCAGGUGUUGAAGAUGUCGAAGUUCUACUUGGGUGGUUUGGAUAAACCGUCGUUUUCCUUCAACUUUGUCCGGAUGGACAAGAACUUGUUCGAAUAUCGGAAUUGGGUUAGUUUUACUUGGUUUGUGAGACAGAUGUCAGUUUCCAAUAUUGGUCGAGGUAGGAUAGGUUUUGGGGAAGGUGAUGCACCAGCGUCGUCUUCUUCUGCAGCCAGCAUGAGAGCAGUUCUUGCCUAGUAGCAUGCGAGGCUUCUUGCUAUAUGCAGCAACUUCUGAUUCAUUGUUCUGAAUUGCAGUUUCACGAGUAAAUUUUUCUACUCUGCAUUUUAUCAGGGUUUCCAUUUGAUUCUGAAUGGGAGCAAGCGAAACACUCUUCUCGCUCUCUCACUCACUCACUCUGUAUGUUUGUAGUGUAAAACAGUGCCCUCCAAUUAUUUUGAAAAUGGAUGGCUCAUGUUUC